CAUAAUAGCUGUCAGUUCAUCAAUUGAUAAUUUGUAUGAGUCACAAUAAUUUUUCUUGUAAUUUUGGGUAAAAUUUGAAAUAUAUUAUGAAAGAAAGUCUGUUUUAAGUUUUUUUAAAGUCAUCUCACUCAUUUUACUGAUUAUGCCAAUGAGUUAUGAGUCUAACCUUAAAACAGUACUUCAGUUAACAUUACCAAAAUAUAACACAAAUAACAUGGUAAUAUUAGAGCCUACCGAACGCCUAAAAGUCCUAUCAAAUUAUAGUAAUGCCGUAGAAAUUGAUCCCAAUGUACCUCCACAUAGGUACUAUCGAUCAGGUCUGGAAAUGGUACGAAUGGCUAAUGUAUAUAUGGAAGAAGGGAGUCUAGAAAAUGCUUAUGUGCUUUAUUUAAAAUUUAUGACAUUAUUCAUAGAAAAAAUUCGUGAACAUCCAGAAUAUGGAUCAGUGCCUGUUAGUACGAAAGCUACCAAUGCAACAAAAUUACGUGAGGUUCUACCAAAGGCUGAGAAAUUAAAACGAAUUUUGCUGCAGAAAUAUACUUUAGAAUAUAAAAAAUUUAUUGAGGAACAGAAAAGAAAAGAAAACGAAAUCAAAAAGGUUGCUCCUAAACCUAAGCCAAUAAAAGAUAAUUCAAGAUAUGAUGAAAGUCAUUUAAUACAAGAUCGCACUUGGCCUCAAGUUGUACCUGGACCAGAAAUCGGAAAUGUUAAAUACCCCGAUUCCAUUUCAUCAGCCUGUUUACCAUCUGCCCCGCUUCCAGAUCCAUAUCUUUCGGAACCAAGACCUCUUUCCACCGACCCUUCCUGUAAAGGGUCUAUAAAUCCAAGUUGUAUAAGUGACAAACCUGAUUUAAAAUUAGCGAUACCCGGAAUCCCUGAUGUUGAUCGAAGUCUAAAACCAGCUUCGUUGCUGAGCCCAUCCGUUCAGAAACCCGGUAAUCGAGAUAUUGUUAUACCAAACAAAUUAGUAGGAAUGUUUUUAAGUAUUGCACACAAAAAUACUUCUAAUAAUAUUGAAACUUGCGGUGUACUUGCUGGAAAACUGGAACGAGAUCAACUGAUUAUUACUCAUGUAAUUAUAUCUAAACAGGAAGGUACUUCCGAUACGUGCACAACAUGCAAUGAAGAAGAAAUUUUUGAUUAUCAGGAUCAGCAUAAUUUGAUUACCCUUGGAUGGAUUCAUACACAUCCAUCUCAAACAGCAUUUUUAUCUAGUAUUGAUGUUCACACACAAUUCUCGUAUCAAAUCAUGAUGCCAGAAGCAAUUGCAAUUGUCUGCGCACCAAAAUAUCAUGAAACAGGCAUAUUUGUGUUAACUACGCAUGGUUUAAAUUUGAUUUCGGAAUGUAGACAAUCUGGUUUUCACCCACAUCCUCAAGAUCCACCCAUUUUUCUGACUGCUGAUCAUACACGAAUGGAUAAUGGCUCUCUUGUACAAAUCAUCGAUUUACGAUAAUAUUUUGGCGAAAAAAAAUUAUUUGUUUUGUUUCUUUUCUUGUUGUUUAGAAUUUAUUGUGAAUUUUUGUUUCUAGAAAAUUAAGUAACACAAUAUAAAUAAUUAAAAUGUAUUACACACUUCAAUGCGUGUACGUGUGAUGUGUCUUCUGAUCACUUUCAAAUGUGUGAUUUCCACCGGCAAAGCCACUUAUGUGAUAACAGUGAUUAAUUUAAAAGAAGUAAAUAAUGAAUUUACUAAAAUUGGUUUUUAUA